UCGGACGCGCGCCUCGAGGAGGAGCAGCCUAUGGUGCCGCACGGCCGCGUGCACCCGGCGGCGGCGACGAGCAGCUCCGACUUCUCCGGCGAGAUGAACCAGUCCGCGGCCUCCUCCGACCCCUCCUCCAGCCCGCUCUACAGCUUCCACUUCGAGAAGCCCGUCCCGCCGACGGCGCAGCCGCCUCCCUCGGACGCGCUGCGGUAUCAUCAGCAGCAGCCGCCGCCGGCGGCCGGCACGUACGUGGUGCAGAUGCCCAAGGACAAGGUCUUCCGCGUGCCGCCGCCGGAGAACGCGCGCCUCUUCCAGCACUACAGCCGCCGCGCCAAGCGCCGCGCCAGCUGCUCCUGCGUCCGCGUCUGCUCGUGGCUCCUCCUCGCGCUGCUGGUCCUCGCCGUCGUGCUCGCGGUCCUCGCCGCGGUCGUCUACCUCGUGUUCAAGCCUAGGCAGCCGGACUACACGCUCCAGUCCCUCGCCGUGUCCGGCCUCGUCGGCAUUCUCGGGAACGCCUCCUCCUCCUCCUCCUCCACUGCCCCCGUCACGUUCUCGCCGGAGUUCGACGCCACCAUCCGCGCCGACAACCCGAAUGACAAGAUCGGCGUGCACUACGAGGGCGACGGGAGCCACGUCGCCGUGUCGUACGGCGGCGUGAGGCUCGCCGACGGCGCGUGGCCGGCGUUCUACCAGGGCCCCAAGAACGUGACGGUGUUCGUGGCGACGGCGAAGGGGUCCGGGAUACGGUUCUCGGAGCGCUUCCUCAGGGAGAUCGCCGCGGAUGGCCGGCUCCGGUCGGUGCCGUUCGACGUGGACAUCAAGUUGCCCGUGCGCCUGCAGCUCGGCGGGGUGAAGACGUGGGCCGUGCCGGUGAGUGUGCGGUGCACGGUGGCGGUGGACAGGCUCGCCGCCGACGCCAAGGUGGUGUCCAAGUCGUGUAACGUCAAGGUGCGGUUCCUCUUCUGGAAGAACUGAGGAAGCAAGAAAUGGAGAUUAGCAGAGCAUGCAGUUCUUGGCACCAAUGGAUUCUUGCUGUGAAUGCUUCCAUGAUGUUUUUACUGUAAUCAUCUUCUGUUCGUGGGUUUGAUCGAGUAAUGUUGAUCACAUCCUUCUGCGAAAAUCGUGUUGCAGUUGAGGUGUUCCUAUGUGUGUUAUUUACAACUGAAAAGGAAAACAGUUUUGGUCUUUUUGGACACUUGGCGUCACUUCAUCUGCAUGAGCAAUGCUGCUUAAAGCGGAUUCUGCAUAAUUUAUAUUUCAACUC